AUGUUCCGCGCUCGGCCAAAAUCAUCCGUCCGUCUGAAGUCUCGGCCAAAGUUCAACAUCCGGCCGAUCACGCAUCACGACCCGGGAAACAAUGUCCCGCGGUCGGCACAACCACUCGCGCACGACCAUGCCGCGCACGACAACGCCGCGCGAGCCGGGAACAACGCCUCGCGGCCGCGCAACCUACUCGCGUACCACGGCCGAUGGUCCGUCCGAGCCGGGAAGCUACGCCCGCGUCCGGCCGAGAAACAUCGGCCAAUCCUUCACCGUCCGACCACAGCGGCCGACCGAAAUUCCGGCCACGACCGUUCCGAUCACCCACGACCCGACUGUCCGGCCGACCGUCCCGACCGACCGUCCGAACGCCGCGGUCGACCCGAAGCCGUUUUUGAAGCCCAAUCCGCACAAUUCAAGCCCAAAGCCGGCGCCGACUAG